CCUCUACCCAGCAGUUGUGUACACACUGGCCGAUCGGUGGUCGUCGGUACGGUGAAAUUUUGUAAUUAUUAGAAUUUAAAUUGAAGGCAUUUGUUUAUGACAAGCGCGCAAUUGUGCGCAUUAAAUAAAUAACAAAAAGUUAGCUUUCUAAGGACUCACACACACACAUAUUCCUACAGAAAAAGAUGUUUAACUUCAUGAAAAAGAGCGCCGGCGAUGAGGAGAAGGAGCGUCGCAAGCGUGAAAAGAAACUGCGCAAAGAGGCUAAAGGUGUCAGCGGGGGUGGCGUAACUGGCAGCAUGAGCACCGACGAGCUGCUCCGACUGGAGGAAGUGCGUCGAUCGCUUAAGAUACGCGGUCGCCGCAAGGAGAAGGAAAAGCUGCCCAGCGGCAUUACAGCCGACUACAGUGCAGAUUUCUUUGCGGCCCUCAACGCCGAUGCGCCCAGUGGCAAUGGCAAUGGAAACGGCAACGGAAACGGCGAGCCAGAGCAGGAUCGUGGCAAUGAGGAAAUUGUGGCAUCUGUGAUGACACACAUCGAAAGCACCCAGCGCAGCGCCGCCAAUGGGGCUGGCAUGGGCAUCAAUCUGAACUACGCCGAGGUCACACAUUCGCUGCUGUCCGGCGGGCUAAAGAAUCGCUUUUUGCCGCCGGUGCCGCCAAAGCCGCCCAAGCGCGGCAUUUUGAAGGGGUCGCGCAGCAACAUGACCAACGUGCAUGAGGAGAUUGUCUUCACCGGCAGCAGCGGCGGCGGCGGCACGCCCGAAAUGCUGAUGCGCAACACCUUGCAAAAUGAACAGCUGUUUGAAGGCAACCGUGGCGGCGGCAGCGGCGGCUCCAAUUCUAGCCAGCACGGCACCUCGUUCACCUCCGUGGAGAGCCUGCGCAGCGAUGGCGACCAUGCCCCACAGCAGCGUGCUAUGACGCUGCCGGCGAACGCGCGCUAUUGCGCACCACAGACGCCCACACAGGUUGCCCAUUUGCAUGUGCUGACAUCGCCGUCGCCGAGUGCGGACAGUCUCACAGAUACCACAAACUCCUCGUUCGCCACGCCCCCCUUCUCGCUUAGUCCCGUGGGCGAAUCGCAGGGCAUCGAUCGAUGGGCCCGCGUGCAUGCCUUUGAGGAUGUGCAGCUGCCGUUGCCACCAGUGCAGCUGGUGCAGCUGCCGCCACCCAGGCAGCUGGUAAUUAGGCGACAGAAAUCACCGCGCCAGGACUUUGGCUUCAGUCUGCGCAAGGCCAUUUGCUUGGAUCGCACCGAGUCACUGACGUCGCCGAUUUUCCGGCCCGUCAUCUUUGCGGAGCCGGGUGCAGGAGGUGGCGCCACAGGCCUCUUGCCCGGCGAUCGAUUGAUCAAGGUCAAUGGCACGCCCGUGGGUGAUUUAUCACGCGAGAUUAUCAUCGAGAUGAUACGCAACAGCGGCGAUGCUGUCACCGUUGAGGUUCAACCCGUGGCGGAGCUGGUGGAGCUAAGCAAGCGCUGCAUGGCGCCCAGCACGGCCACCGUCGAGGAGAUCGAUCAUUCCAUUAACAAUGGCAACUGCAACACUUUGCGCCGCAGCGCCAGCAAACGCUUCAAGCGCCAGAGCCGGCACGAGAAUGGUACAGGCAGCAUUGGCAAGAGCGCCAGCGAUGUGGAUAUAACCGAUGAUGCCUCGCAGCCGGAACGAGUGUGGUUGGUGCAUCGUGGUGGCUUCACCGCUGCGCUGCGUCUGCCGCCCAAUAUUGGCAUGCCGCACGAGGAGCAUAAGCUUAGCGUGCGACUGCUGCACAAUGGCGAACAAUUGACCGUUGAUGAGGAUGACAUCGAGAAGCAGAACAACGCCGCAUUGGAUCUGGCCGAAGACAUCUGUGAGCUGAAGUAUUUAAACGAGGCGUCGGUGCUGCACUGCCUCCGGCAGCGUUAUGCCAGCAAUCUCAUACACACCAAGGCGGGGCCCACGCUGCUUGUGGUCAAUCCAAUGGCACCGCUGUCGCUCUACUCCGAGAAGGUUGUAUCCAUGUUUCGCGGCUGCAAAACGGAGGACAUGCCACCCCACGUCUACUCGCUGGCCCAGACCGCCUACAGGAGUUUGGUUGAAACGCGACGCGAUCAAAGUCUAAUAUUCAUGGGUCGUUCUGGUUCUGGCAAGACCACAAGCUUUAAGCAUGCGCUCAACUACUUGGCGUUGGCUGCUGGUGCAUACAAUAAUUUUAUCAAUGCGGAAAAAGUGAGUGCCCUGUGCACAAUUCUGGAGGCCUUUGGCAAUACGAGAACAUGUCUCAAUACGAAUGCGACGCGUAUGACGCAGCUGCUCAGCUUGGAUUUCGAUCAGACCGGGCAAAUAGCAUCUGCUUCGUUACAGGUUCUGCUGCCGGAGCGUCAACGUGCGGGACGCCGGCUGUCGCACGAGCACAGCUUUCAUAUUAUGACGCGACUGUUGGCGGGUGCCGCAGGGCUGCUGCAGAAGGAACUGCAUUUGGAGAACAUUUCAUCUGAAGACAGUCAUCCGUUUAUAUCGCUCUCUCAGCGUCUGGAGGAUCGCCAUCGGGCAGCGAAUGACUUUUUGCGUACGGUGCAGGCAUUCGAGACACUUAACAUUGAUGCAAAAGCCGUGCGGGGAAUUUGGAGCAUACUGGCAGCCAUUUAUCAUCUGGGCAUUGCGGGCAUUACAAGAAUGGGCACCGGCUCAACGGCACGAACUCAGUUUGCCAAUCCGACAGCAGCGCGCAAGGCGGCUAGCCUGUUGGGAGUCCAUCUGGAGGAUUUAUCGGCAGCUGCUUUUGGUCUGACACAGCCCAAUGCAACGGGCGGCAGUUUGAGUCCCUCCAAGUCGCCUACCUCAGAUGGCGGUCAAGAAUGGGCCUGGGAAUGCCUUGAAGCGCUCGUCAUUGGCCUCUACUCGGAGGCACUAGCCGCUGUGGUAGCUCUGAUUAAUCGCCAGAUCUGCACAUCAGCACAUACUAUUGCUUCGAUUAUGCUGAUCGAUACGCCGGGCUUCCAGAAUCCAGCCAGCUGUGGUCAGCAGCUGGGCGCCACGCUAGCCGAUCUGCGUCACAAUUAUCUGCAGGAACGCCUGCAAAUGCUUUUCCAUCACACAACAUUGGUAGCGCCACGUGAUCGCUAUGCCCAAGAGCUGGUGGAGAUCGAAAUGGAUCAUGCUUCCGAAUGCCAUCCGGGUCCGCUUAUAUCUCUGAUUGACAAGGCCCCACAGAAUCAUGUGGUCCGCUCGUCACAACGGGAUCUGCGCGAGCACGAUCGUCGUGGCUUGUUGUGGCUAUUGGACGAGGAGGCCAUCUAUCCCAACUCGAAUGACGACACAUUCCUAGAGCGUUUGUUCUCGCAUUACGGCGAUCGUGAGCAUCACACGUUGUUGCGCAAAUGUGCCGGACAGCGUCAAUUUGUGUUGCAUCAUCUGCAGGGCACCAACCCGGUGCUGUACGCCGUCGAUGGCUGGGUGCGACACAGCCGCGAGCAUCCUGGCAUACGAAAUGCGGUGUCGCUGCUGCAGGACAGCAGUCGCGAGGAGAUCAAUCGUCUGUACAUUGGCUCAUUGACGCGCGGCUCCGGUGCCAUGGUCUUUUGCGGUUCCUUCGCGGGUCUGGAAGGCACACAGUCAUUGCGUCGUGUUUCCAGCAUACGCCGAUCCUUCACUACGGCGGGUGUGAAACGCAAUUCAAUUAUGCUGCAGGUGAAGUUCACCGUGGACGGCAUCAUCGACACGUUACGUCGCACAGGCACCCACUUUGUGCACUGCUAUCUGCUGCAGCACAAUGCGGGCAAGCAUACCAAGUAUACGGUGAAUGGCUCACCCAGCUCGGCACUGGGUCAAGCAGCUACCGAGGAGGAAUUGGUCAAUGUGCCACUGUUAAGGAGUCAGCUACGUGGCUCGCAAGUCUUGGAGGCGGCUCGCUUGCAUCGUUUGGGCUUUCCCGAAUCUGUGCCAUUGCUGGAGUUUGUGCGUCGCUUUGGUCUGUUAGCCGGCGAUCUGGCGAACAACAAAGAUAUCAGCGUAGAGCAAAUACUCGCCGUCAAUGAAAUGGACGUUGCCAGCUAUCGUAUCGGACCAAGUCAGAUACUCUUCCGUUCCGGUGUGCUUAAUGAGCUGGAGGCUAAACGCGAUGUGUUGCUUGCGGAUCGCAUUAUACAGUUGCAGGCGUUUUGUCGAGGCUAUUUGGCACGCAAAAAGAUGUCACAACGGCGUAUUCAGGAGCUGGCGGUGCGUUGCAUUCAACGCAAUGUGAAGGCCUUUUUGGCCGUGCGCGAUUGGCCCUGGUGGCGUCUGUUGGUUCGUGUGACGCCUCUGCUCAAUGUGCACCGCACCGAGGAGCAGCUGAAGAUCGCCAACGAGGAGUUGCUCAUGCUGCGCGCUAAGCUGGAGAAGAUCGAAUACGAUCGCAGCGAAGUCAAGAACGAGAACCAAAAAUUGGAAGCCAAGUUAUCCGAGCUGACCGUGGAUCUGGCAGAGGAGCGUUCCACGGCGCAUAUUGCCACCGAGCGUCUGGAGGCGGAGACUGCCGAACGGCUGAAGCUGGAAAAGGAGCUCGGGGAGCAUCAGACCAAGGUAAAGAACCUACAGGAGAUGAGCGAGAAGCUGGAAAUGGAGCUGAUAUGCGCCAAAUCCGACUUGAAUGGCAUCUCCGAGGAUGAGGACGCCGAGCACGAAGAGGGCAGCGGUGGCGUUUACAAGCUGAAAUACGAGCGCGUGGCCAGGGAACUGGAGUUCACCAAGCGACGACUGCAGACGCAGCAUGAGCACGAUCUGGAACAGCUGGUCGGGCUCAAAAAGCAAUUGGAGAAGAAGCUAUCCGAUGCCUACGAGGAAGUUGAGGAACAACGUCAGGUUGUGGGCCAAUGGAAACGCAAGGCACAAAAGAUGACCAACGAGAUGAAUGAUUUGCGCAUGCUGCUCGAGGAGCAAAAUGCACGCAACAAUUUGCUGGAGAAGAAGCAGCGCAAAUUCGAUGCCGAGUGUCAGUCCCUGCAGGAUGCAUCGCGCCAGGAGCGUCAGGCCAAAGAGCGCUACGGACGCGAAAAAGAUGUGCUCCAAGCUGAGAAAUUUACGCUCGAACAAACGCUGGCGGACACGCGUCUGGAUCUAGAGCUGAAAGAGGAAAAGCUGGCCUCACUGCAGCGUGAGCUGGAGGAGAUGACCUUUGGCGGUGGCACUGAGGAGGAGAUUGCGCAGCUGCGACGCUCGAAGAACGAAACAGAGCGGCGCGCCAAGGAGCAGGAGGAGGAGCUCGACGAAAUGGCAGGGCAAAUACAACUGCUGGAACAGGCCAAGCUGCGUCUAGAGAUGACCCUAGAGACAAUGCGUAAAGAGGCACGUCGCGAGUCACAGCAGCGCGACGAGGAGCUGGAGGAGGUCCGCGGCAAUGGCUACAAGAAAAUCAAGGCGCUUGAAUGUCAGCUGGAAACGGAGCAUGAAGAGCGUACGCUGCUGCUACGCGAAAAGCACGAGCUGGAGCGACGCCUCUCCUCAAUGGAGGAUCGCGAUCGAGUGGAUCGUGAUGCCGAGGAGGCGCUGAAUCAAAAGCUGCGUCGCGACUUGCGCAAGUACAAGGCGCUACUGAAGGAUGCUCAGACGCAACUGGAGCGACUCAAAGCGGAUACGCCUGGCAAAACACUUAUCCGGCAGCUGCGCAAUCAGCUGGAGGAUGCGGAAUCGGCACGCACUUUGGCCAUGAAGGCGCGCCAGACGGCCGAGGCGGAGCUGGCCGAGGUGCAAGCCAUGUUCGAGGAGUCGCAUAGGGCGCGCAACGAUGCCGAGGAACGGGCCAAUGCGGCGCAUCGCGAUCGCGCCGAACUGCAGGCGCAGAUCGAGGAGAACGAGGAGGAGCUGGGCGAGCUAAUGAAGAAGUACAGCGCCACCGUUAAGCAGCUAAAUACAGAGCAAGUCAAUGUAUCCGAAACAGAAUUCAAGCUCACUGAACUCGAAGCUGAGCGCAACAACCUCAAAGAGCAGGUGGCCGAACUGCAGCACAGACUCGACAAUGUGGAGAACCUGGGUGAUCCCUCCAUUGCUGUCAUGUCCAAGCGUUUGGAAAUGCGCACAAAGGAGCUGGAAUCGCGUCUGGAACUGGAGCAGGCGACACGUGCACGUCUCGAGGUGCAGGUGAGCCGGCAUAAGGAAGCGCUAGAGAAGCUGCAAAACGAAGUAACCCAGUCAAAGCUGCGGGAAAUGCAGUCACAGGAUGUGCUCAAAAAAUCUCAAAAGAGUUUGCGUGACAUGCGCGAGGAAUAUCACUCGCUGUCUAGCCGCGAACAAGAGUCGCUGACGCGUCGUAAGGAUCUGGAAAAGAAAAUGGAGGUCAUGGAAUCGGAGGGUACGGCGCUAAAGAACGACUUGCGCUUGGCGCUGCAACGCAUUGCGGAUCUACAGCAGGCCAUGGAGGAGGAGGGCGAGGAGGAGCUUAGCGAGAGCGAGGAGAGCAUCAGCUCUGUGGGCUCCAUCAGCGAUUUGGAAGAGCGACUGCGACCCGUGCAUGUUAAACGCAGCUCACAGCAGUCAUUAAACGUUCCCACCAUCCCACCCAGCACCACACGCACGCUGAUCUGCGAAAAGGACGACAACAGCCCUAGUAUAACAGUGACGUCGCCGUCGUCGCCACACAUACAUAAACUGGCACUGGCGGCUAAAGCCAUACCGGACCAAAAACCGGACACGACAUCUGCAGCAUCCGCAGCUAAGAAAACAACAACAACACCAACAACAACAACAAGCGCAGCAGCAGCAACAAAGAUCCUGCAAAAUGGACUAGAAACCGCUGGCUAAAUACCCUAGAAACAUCUGUGUAUGCACAGGAGCUGCAGUUGUACGUGUUUUUUUUAUCUCUAUCUCUCUCUAUUUCUUCUCUCUCUUUCUCUGUAAUAUUAAUUAGUUUUGUUUUUUUAUUUUUAUUUGAUUACUGUUUAGUUCAAUAUGUUUAACUAUUUAUUAUUGAAAUAUAGCUACAUAUAAAUAUAUUUAAAUAUAAUAAACACAAUAUGUAAUGCAGUUUCCAUUCGUAUGGAAUCGUAGUUAAUUUAAUUUGCGCGACAGUCCCUAUAAACAAGAACAAAAGUGAUUAACAUGUUUUAUCCUUCUCGAAAAGAAACACUAACGUUUGAUACUUAAAAAAUGAAAUAUAAAAAACACCUAUAGCAUAUAAUCCAUUUUCCUAUAGCCAACUUAAAUGAAAUUAGUUAAACGCGUUUCAAAAUCAUAGACAAGUAUGCAUAAUAUGCGAAUUAAUAAACGUUUUACUAAACUAAA